UCUCUCUCUCUCUCUCUCUUAUGUGGGGUUUCCCAAUACACAUAAAAGCAUCACAAAGUUGGGGUUUUCUUUUCAUUUUAACCAAAUUAAGUUGUCCAUACAUCUUCCUCCCUCUGUGAUAUAUCUCUCUUCUCUCUUGGUUGGAGAGAUUAUAGUAUCAAGAGAAGAUAUGGCUGUUGUUGAUCAGAAGGAAGAAGUCAAACUCAGGAAGUCGAAGAACAUGGACAUUGUUCCAACGACGACACUUGCCACCAUCGAAUCCUUGACCUUCCCUCUUGUUCAAGAAGUUGUUUUUUUGGCCGAUUUUCGAUGUAAAAGGUGUCAAGAUAGAGUAGCGGAUAUAGUCUCCAGAUUGAAUGGUGAAGCAGAUUCGGUGGAGAUUAGCUUCAUGGAAAAAAAGGUAAUAAUCACCUUGACUCGUAGACCUCCAAGAGGAGCCAAAAUGUCUGAAAAUCAACUUCAACAUGCUGCAAUCUACAAAAACACCACAAACAAAUCCUCUCUAGUUAAAAGGAUGUUUCGCUCUUCAUCUACUUGAUUUUUUCAUCUGAAGGAUUUUUCUGCUCCACUGCAUAUACAAAGAAUAAGUCGUUGUAUAUAUUGAAUGUAAAUGUAGCAAAAUGAUAUGUCUGAUAGUUUGAAAAAUAUACCUGUAAUUAACUCUAUUGAUUUUAUUAAAUUUU